UCUUAAUAAAGUUUUGAAAAUUCUUGAUUGUUUGUGAUAUCAAAAAUUGCAAAAGUAAUGUGGCAUCAAGAGUGUAGUGAGUGAGCCCAGUAAAAAAAUAAAAUAAAAACACAAAAUUAGUGUUAGCGUUAGAAAUAAUGAUGAAGAAAUUUUCGAUGAAGCAUUGACGAUAAAAAAGUGUUUAAACUAAAUCAACUGAAUUUGAUCAUAGUUAAAAAAAAAUACCUAAACAUGCAAGAAACAAUAACAAAACAAAUAAGCGUUACUAGCGAUCUUAACAAUUUUAAUUCUAUUCAUCUUGUAUUUGGAUUUUUCUAUAAAUUUAAAGCUUUUGUAUCCAUUAUUAUAAUUGUGGUGAAUUUUCUUGUCAUUCUUUCAAGGACAUUUCUGCUAACAGGACAACAACCUCGAGCGACUUAUAUAUUCUUAGGAAACAUUUCUCUGGCAGAUAUGUUAAUAGGAAUUAAGAACUUAUUCAUUUUCAUAUAUCAGCAUCAACUUGAACUUGAGAAUGAAAUCGCAUGCAGUAUUAGUCUAAGUAUGCUUAUUGCAGCGAAUAUAGCAUCGACCUUCACCAUCGCACUGAUAGCAAUCGACCGAUAUCUCUACAUUCUAAAUGGCCUUCACUAUCAUAGAUACAUUACAACGAAGCAUCCAUAUUAUGCAGUGUUAUUUGUUUGGAUUUUAGCCUCGUUAAUUGGAUUGGUGCCAAUUUUUACUUGGCAAUAUCCAAUGAACGGAGGAACUUGUUGGUUUACAGUUUUGGUACCACCAAAAAUUUUUCUUAUUCCUGUUGUUUCAGGAAUGGUACCAAUACUUCUUGUAUUGGUUCUGUACUGUAUUAUUGUGAAAAACGCUUUGAACAGUAGAAAUCAGAUAAAAUGCAGACCGAUAUCCAGCCCUCAGAAUUAUGAGAGAGAUCUUCGGAUGUUCCGCGGCAGAGAACAAAUCACUUCGAAUUGUGCUGAUGAAGAUCUACCAUCUAGAGUUCGAUCUUUUGGUCUGCCUUGCUGUCGAAGAAAAACCCUUGAAAUUACACCAUAUUAUUGUGAAAAUAAAUGGAAGGCGAUUAAAAUUGUUGUCCUUACAACAGGAGCAUAUUUCAUCACAUGGUUCCCUUAUUUUGUGACUUUAAUUUUGUAUGCCAGCUGUAACUUCAGCAUGGAUUUCGAACAUUGUGAAUAUUUAGCAUAUCUUUUGAGCAAUCCAUUGUCCCUUCUUAUCUUAAGCAACAGUCUAUUAAAUCCUCUUAUUUAUGCUUGGUGGCAUCCUGGAUUUCAGGUAUCGAUCAAGAAAAUGUAUUCGAGAGUGUUUCAAAAUGAUACAGUUACACAACCGAAGAUUCAAAAUACUUUUGCAUUGAAAAAAGUUGAACUAGACAAUUUUGAAAAUCUUCAAAGAUUAUAG